GAAAAAAAAAAAAAAAAAGGGGCUUGUUCUUAGGAGAUCAGCCUUCCAUUUUAACCGAGGGGUGUGUGAGCGCCGGUCGAGAGGCUUGACACGGGAGCGGUGUGGGAUGGGAACAGAGAGAGGAGAGACGGAGCGUCCAGUCUGCAGUCCUGACACAGCCCGGCGGAGCAGCAGCAUCGAGUCUCCUCUACUGCGGGAUCACACACACACACACACACAUACACACACACCUGAAGGCCGCGGAGGACCACGGGGAUUACAAAGCACGAGGGAUGGUCUGACAGCAUGGAUCAAAAUUGUUUGUAACCUAAAUAAAUAGAAGAGAAAUAGAAGAAGAUUUUAUUUUUUUGUUUCCAUCCCCGAAACUUCAACGCACAGCUCCGCUUCUGCAAGUGCACUUAGACUUCCUGCGUAUUUGACAGAAAAUUAUUUGACUGAGAAAUGUGUCAUCACUGCUUUUUAACAGGAGCCUGAUAAUGGACAUGUAUUUGAUGAGGAAAGUGCCCAAUGUGCAGCACCUCUGACCUUUUUGUGGAUUUCGGUGACAUUUGUUUUUAUAUUUUUUUUGGACACGAGUGUUUGAUUUGUAACGAGAUCAGCUGGACUCUGCAGCUCUGAGAGGGUCCUGGUGAGCAUUUACUGGAAGAGCUUUUCACCCCUCCAUCCAACAUGCGACCCAUCCCGUCCAGACUCAGCUAUCUGUGUCUACACUUAUUCGCAUUUUGCUACUAUGCUCAGGUAACCAAUCAGUCCCCGCCUAAUUUCACGCAGCAUGUAAGCGAGCAGAGCGAAGUGACGGACCGCGUGAGCCGCAGGUUGAUCCGGAUCUACCAGCUGUACAGCCGGACCAGCGGCAAGCACGUGCAGGUCCUGCCCAACAAGAAGAUCAACGCCAUGGCCGACGAUGGGGACGUGCACGCUAAACUCAUCGUGGAGACGGACACCUUCGGGAGCCGAGUCCGGAUCAAGGGAGCUGAGACGGGCUUCUACAUCUGCAUGAACAAGAAGGGGAAGCUCAUCGGCAAGAAAAACGGGCAAGGCCGAGACUGCAUCUUCACAGAGAUCGUUCUGGAGAACAACUACACUGCCCUGAGGAACGCCCGCUACGAUAGCUGGUACAUGGCGUUCACCCGGCGCGGGCGGCCACGGAAGGGCUCGCGGACGCGCCAGCACCAGCGCGAGGUCCAUUUCAUGAAGAGGCUGCCGAGGGGGCAGCAGCCCGUCCACACCAGCCACCACCGCCCAUUCGACUUCAUCCACUACCCUUUCAAUCAAAGGACUAAACGCACGCGCUACUCGUCCGAGCGCUGAGGAGGAGGGAGAGAGAGGAGAAACUGACAGACUGACCCAGAUCACACUCCUCCGCUCUCCAGAAAAAACAACAACCUCUAAAGACAUUGUUUUUAUACUGAGCAUUACUAUAUCUUAACACGUAGGUUGUUUUCUAUUUUUCCUCAAAGU